AUGGCAGACAUCAACUCGGUAGCCAAGGCAUUCACCGACUUCUACUACCCCGCUUUCGACAAUGACCGGGCAAGCCUCCAAGCGCUCUACCGCGAGCAAUCGAUGCUCACUUGGGAGCAGGAGCAGAUCAUGGGCGCCAGCAACAUCAUUGAGAAGCUCAAGAACCUCCCAUUCCAAAAGGUGGUCCACCGUGUCGUGACCGUCGACGCCCAACCGGCAUCUGCCAGCGUCGCAUCCCUUGUUGUCCUCGUCACCGGCCAGCUCCUCGUCGACGAUGGCACCAACGUCCUCCAGUUCUCGCAGAUGUUCCAGCUCAUCCCCGACAAUGGCACCUACUACGUACAGAACGACGUCUUCCGUCUCGUCUACGGCUAA